UUCGCUGGCAUCGCCUUAGCCUGACUGCCUGCGCGAGCGUGUAGUGUAGUGUAGUGUAGUGUAUGUGCGUGUAGCGUAUAUACGCGCGCGCCCGCCCGCUCGCUCGCUUGCUCGUGCGUGCGCGUGUGUGUGUGUGUGUGAGAGAGAGAGAUAUAGCGUUAUAUUUAUAUAUAUAUUUAUAUAUAUAUACGGGCUGUAGGCUGUGGGGUUGGAGGAGAAAGUGAGACGGGGCGCUUGACACGUUUGGCGGCUCGUCCUUUCGGCGCGUGGCGUGGCGGGGUGGGGGAACGGGAGCGGGAGCGGAGCGGGGAGAGGAAAGGAGAGGAAACACAGACCGCCAUAGAUCUGAAAGAAGGUAAAGAGAGAGAGAGAGAGAGAGAGAGAGAGGAGGAGGAGGAGGAGGAGAGAAGCAGAGAGAGAGAGAGAAAGAGAGAGAGAGAGAGAGAGAGAGAGAGAGAGAGAGAGAGAGAGAGAGAGAGAGACUCCCCGUCCGGACUGACUGACUGACACCUGAUUUGACAACACGGCGAGCGGCUCUGAUACUGGAUUCUACGUUUAUCUGCGGAGGAAAAGAGGAGAAGUGCUGUUCCAAGAGCAAUUCUGGCUCUUUCCCUCUACGGACUAUCUUUCUGAAACCACGUACGAACAUUUCUGCUCCACCUGGCCGGCUCCGACCACCGACAACACCGCGAGUUCAGAAUGCCACGGAGGAAGCAGCAGGCGCCGAGGCGAGCGGCGGUGUAUGAACCAGACGAGGAUGCUCCUGGUGUUCCUGAACCAGUCGCAGAGGAAGAAGGAGAGAACGACGUCCAGACGGAGGAGGAGGACUCUGACAAGACCAGCCCCAAGAUUCCAGAGGACAAGGAAAUCGACAACAAAAGCAGCUACAGCUUCCAAAACUCUCCCGUCAGCGUCUUGUCCAACCAGGAGGUGGAACUGGAGUCCCGUCUCAGCGAUGGCAGCGACAGACUCUCCGACUUCAAGACGUCUUCCCCACCAGAGAAGCCAAAGGACAGUGAGAGUCAAGGGUCAAAGCCAAAAGAUGAGAUGCUCAAUAGCCUGGAGAAAAUGAGGGCUGCUUACGCCAACUUCCUCUCGGACUCCUACUGGACGAAUAUCGGACUAGACUUGAAGGUUGGCAACACUGGCAGACAGCACAGCAAGGCAAACUGCGACAGCACCAACGGAAGCACCAAGGGUGAGUUUGACUGGCAUCAGGAUGCGCUGUCCAAGACCUUGCAGCAGACGCUGUCCCCCAAACCCGUUUCAAAGCCCAACCUCUUCAGCUCGGUCCACCUGUACCGGCAGAGCAGCAAAGCGUGCGGAGCCGUCUUCACGGGGGCGAGUCGCUUCCGCUGCAAAGACUGCAGUGCUGCUUACGACACCCUGGUGGAGUUAACCGUUCACAUGAACAAGAGUGGUCACUACCAGGAUGACAACAACAACCGGCAAGGCAUCGCCUCCACUUCGACUUCGAAGAGCCGAAAGAGGAACCUGCAAGACAUGGAAGGCAAGGAGGAUGCGCAAAAAGUCCUUAAAUGCAUGUUCUGCGGCCAUUCUUUUGACUCUCUCCAAGACCUAAGCGUCCACAUGAUUAAAACUAAGCAUUACCAGAAAGUGCCUUUGAAAGAACCUAUUCCAGUAAUCACACCCAAAUUAAUUCCACCAGCAAAGAAACGUACAUUCGAAGCCACAAGGCCUUGUUCUCCUGACUCCACUACGGGAGCCGCAGGCUACAGCGAAGCUCAAAGGGCGGCGGGCCUCGCGAACGCCCCCAACAACCGCUACGGCUAUCAAAAUGGUGCUAGCUACACAUGGCAGUUCGAAACGUGCAAAUCUCAGAUUCUGAAGUGCAUGGAAUGCGGCAGCUCACACGACACUCUCCAGCAGCUCACCACUCAUAUGAUGGUCACCGGCCACUUUAUAAAAGUGACAAACUCCGCUUCCAAAAAGGGCAAACAGUUGACUCUCGAUCCUUUAGCAAUAGAGAAGAUGCAGGCACUCGCAGAACCCACAGCGAAUGAAUCAGAGGGAGAGAAAGCCUCCCCUAAAAGCACUGCAUCCGGAGAUUCUGAAAAAGUUCCACAGAAAGAAAAGAGCCCAGACCAAGCUCAAGAAGAAGACGUAAGAGAUAGAGAUGAGCAGCAGCAAGAAGAUUCCGAUCAAAAGCCAAGUGAUGCAAACUUUAAGUAUCCGUACCUACGAGAGGAGGACCUAGAGCAAGGGGUCGGCGGAGGAGGUGGAGACAUACUAAAGUCUUUAGCCAACACAGUGGCUACAGCCAUCAACAAGGCCCAAACAGGGACGCCCAGCUGGAGCGCCUACCCCAGCAUUCAUGCAGCUUACCAGCUAUCAGGCGUGAUCAAGAGCGCCCCUCUCUCGGCAUCCAGCCCCAUUCAGCUUAAGCAGAGUCUCAACCACAAGCUGAGGCCCAUCGCCCCCAAGGGGAAGUUUUAUCAGGGACUUCGAGGACUCGAGAGUUUCCAGGGACAUCACAAUCCGGACAUCAAAAAGGAGAGGGGUGGUGCAUCUGAUGGCAAAGAGAGCCAGAGCAGUAAGUUUGAUCUGGCGGAGAAUGAUGACAGUGAUUGUCAAGACGAUUCCUCUUCCUCUUCAAAGCUGGAUGCAGACUGUGUAAGUGAAGGGAAUGACACGAUCAAAGGGAAGUUGAGCCCAGCUUUCUCUGACAGAGCCAACCCGUCACCAAGCCCUCCUGCCAGCAACGGGCACAGCAGUUCCUCAGAGCUUGUCAGUGACUCCCAGGAAGCCCUAAGCAUAAAUCCUCUAAGUGCACUACAGUCUGUCCUCAACAAUCAUUUGGGGAAAGCAAAUAAGCCAAGGCAAGAUGGGGUUCUGUCUCAUCGCACCCAAUCCAUAUUCUCCGAGCUGAGCAGAGGUCUGGAGAAGCCGGCCUCCGUCCUCACGUCCUCUGCCGUCAUCAGGGCCAACAACUUCAUGUUCACCAGUAACGACCAGCCGAUCGACUUAACGAAAAACAAACACGGCAAAAUGAGUUCCUCACUCUUGUUGCAAUCUUCCACCCCCAUGCCUCAGAAGCACGCUCUUUCUGACAUCGCGGACAUGGUGAAGAUUCUUCCCAAAGCCACGACGCCAAAGCCCCCGGUGCCGUCGAGAAUGCCGGCGAUGAAGCUGGAGUCGGACGUGAGGCGAUUCGAAGACGUGUCGAGCGAGGUCUACUCGGUCCACAAGCGCAAAGGCAGGCAGUCUAACUGGAACCCUCAGCACCUGCUGAUCCUUCAAGCCCAGUUUGCUUCCAGUCUCUUCCAGACCUCCGAGGGCAAGUACCUUCUCUCUGACCUUGGCCCCCAGGAACGGAUGCACAUCUCCAAGUUUACUGGACUCUCCAUGACCACCAUCAGCCACUGGCUGGCCAACGUAAAGUACCAGCUUAGGAAAACAGGUGGGACCAAAUUUUUGAAGAACAUGGACACGGGCCACCCGGUCUUCUACUGCAACGACUGCGCCUCCCAGUUCCGCUCGCCGUCCGCCUUCAUCUCCCAUCUCGAGUCUCAUCUCGGUUUCCAGAUCAAAGAUAUGAGCAAACUGCCAAUAGAGCAUCAGACAAAGGUAGCAGAGCCUGAACUGACAAAGGCUUUCAGUGUCAGAGCAACUGAAGCGCUCAUGACAGAGGAAGACAUUGACUCAAAGUUCAAAUGCAAGCUCUGCAGUCGGACAUUUGCCAGCAACCACGCGGUCAAACUCCACUUGAGUAAAACUCACAGCAAAUCCCCAGAGAAUCAUUCACAGUUUGUCGAAAUGGACAAAGAGUAGCCUGGUCGAUUUUUACUACCUGUAGUUUUGUUGUUGUUAAAUAACUGUAAUUGCUCUGCUUUUAUAAAACACGGGUCAAAAUUAUUAUUAUUAUUAUUUUUUUCAUGUUUCAAUUUCAAGUAGCAUUAUGUAGUAUGCUUAUAAAUAAAAAAAAAAACAAAUCAGCAUUUCAUCAUAUUUUAAAGGACAAAAUGGACACACUGGCUGGAUUAGAAGGAAGUGUAAGUAAAUACAUUCUUAUAAAAAAAAAAAAUAGACGAAUACAUUGACAUUGAAGUCUUUGCACCCCUGCUCAAAUGCAUCACCAGUAAUGAAAUGUAUUACUGCUUGAAACAUAAUUGCUGAUGUUUGCAUGCAAUAGCUCUCUGGCUAUGACUACUAUUUAUUUGUAUGAUAUGGCAAGAUUUAAUUGUAUUACUUUCAACGACAAACAAAUCGACUGACAAAACGACUGAUGCAUCAACUGUAAUUUUUCGCGGCGCCGCUGACGCCCACCCGGACGGACCCGCGGCAGAUUCCGACAGGUAGCCGAGUUACACAUAUAUAUACACACACGCGUUCUAAAAAAAAAAACAUCUGCCGAAAUGUACAGUACAUUGCUCUGUAUAAAAUGUUUGUGUUGCAAUGAUAGAACAGAAAAAGCACUUUAAUAAAUGUUUAAUCACCAGUUUAGGCUCAGAUUCAGUGUGUGAGCUAACGAAUUUAGACAGGUUUGACAUGACAAUGUCUCACAUCCAUGUAUAUAUAUAUAGCAUCGCCGAAAAAAAAAAAAGAAGAAGAAGAAGUGUCUCAUCAGAAGGAGCAUAGUGAGACCAGGAAAAUACUGCACCUUUUAUACCAGUACAAAUAAAGCAUUAACAUUUU